AUGGUCGCUCAGUUUGUUAAAGCUUCACUUGCUACGGGCCCCGCUCAGCGUGUCAUACGAGCAGUGAAACUGAUGAACAGUACAGGUCGAGCUGACUUCCCCAACCAGACGCGAGAAGGAAGGGUUGAGCAAGGCAAUACUUCUGAAUGCAGAGUAGCAGCGAAUUCUGCACAGGACACGCUCCCUACCUUCCAGGCGAUGUACUGCACCGUGAGCUGGGUAGAAAAAACACAGUUGCACAACUCCAGUAAUGCUCACAGGCAAGGCGUCUGCGCCCCGAUGUCGUGUAGUGAGAAGGAAGUGGCUGUACUUGUAGAGAAAGGUCUUCUUGGUAUCAAACCAGAGGGGUCAAAAUGGACACCAAGAGAUGUGGACUGUGUACGUGAAGGGAACGAUGACGAAGGCGUGCCAAUUCAAUGGACCAUUAUUCAAGGGUUAUUUGUCUUUUCCAUCGGCGUUCUCGUGCUUGUUGGUACAGCGUACGAAUUCAUCAUCACUGUGUACUACACAAAGGAGAGGAAGAGAUCUUUGACAGCAUCCAAAUGUGGCCGCUUUCUCAUGUGUUUCUCGCUGUACUCAAACACAAAGAAAGUGUUUGACACCCGCCAGCGUCCUGGUGAACUCCCGGCGCUCCAUGGUAUCCGUGUCUUGAGUUGUCUAUGGAUCAUUUAUGGCCACGUGGACAUGGCCGCUCAGUUUACCAACAGGCCUAGGGCGGAAUUCGAGGCUCGUCGUCGGGAAUGGUGGUUCUUUGUCCUCGACUGCUUCGAUAUGGCAGUAGACACGUUCCUCGUUCUCAGUGCCUUUUUGGUCACUCACUGGUUCCUGCAGCAACUGAAGAAGAGAAAUGGGGAGUACACAUGGAAGGACGCUGGUCGCCACUACCUCCACCGCUACUGGAGGCUGACUCCGGUCUACCUUUAUCUCCUAUUACUCGCGCUCCCGUCUGAUAAAGGAUGUCAAACGUACUGGUGGACAAACCUGCUCUACAUCAACAACUAUUUCGUGGGCGAUGGAACCACGUGCCUGGGUGUAGCGUGGUAUCUCGGUGUGGACAUGCAGAUGUACAUUAUUGCGCCUGCCCUCAUACUUCUAAUGUACAGAAAACCUAAGCUGGGCGUGGCUGUCAAUAUAUUCCUUGUAGCGCUGAGCUGGGUGUCGUAUGCCGGCCUGAGGCAGUUAGAUGUUCGCGAGGAGCCGGAAGGAUUCGGCAGUGUGUAUUACUGGACGCCCGGCAGGAUGGGUCCGUACAUUAUGGGUAUGCUGUUGGCCUACCUUCUCUUCAGGACCAACAGCAAAGUGUCCAACACGAGAGCUACUAAGAUUCGGAUGUUACUAGGAUGGGCUAUUGGCAUAGCCAUAGGACUUGUCGCAACCGUGAUGCCUACCGUGCUAAGGGCUACGAGUCCAGGCUUCGAGAUCAGGGGGCACAUCGGCUGGAACGCCGUAGACAGGAGCAUAUUCGCCGCUGCAGUUUGCUGGGUUAUCUACGCCUGUUGUGUUGGAUAUGGAGGUAUCAUCUCGGAGUUUCUAUCCUGGAAAGCUUGGCUGCCGCUAAGCCGACUGUCAUAUGUUACCUACCUCAUACACAUGAUGAAUAUUCAUGUAUUUGUUGAGCAGGGCAAUCUUAUCUACGGUGGACUGGCAGGGAAGCGUUGUAAUGGAGAUUUCUGGCUUCACAACUAA